AUGAAACUACAAGAUGAAGCUCUGGAGACCUGCUCACUGUGGAUAUUUGGGCUUCUGUUGAUCAGCCUCACAGGAGCACAUGGACUCGACUACUUUCCAGAAAACUUUGUGGUGGCCAAAAAGAAUGAUGCAAAUCCCGUCACACUGACCUGCGAUACGAAGACCGGUGGAGCCGUCACAUGGAAGUUUGAUGGCGAAGUCAUAGAGGACGACACUCAGUUGAAAGGUUCAGAUCUGAUCCUGUCUGAAGUAGAUGAACCCAUGUUGGGAGAAUACAGCUGCUGGAGAGGAGGAGAGAUGUUAUCAUCCACUUAUCUGCUGCUGGAGGAUGAGGAGGAGGAUAAGUUAGAUUCCUUAAUCAGCUGUCGAGCAAAAUCCUAUGGCUGUAGCUUCAGCUGCACCUGGACCAACAAUAAAUAUGCAGCAGUGCGCCUUGGACUGGGCCAUGAAUGCCGUCGAGGCUUGAAGUCUUGUCGCUGGGUCAUCAACAGCCUGGAUGGGGGAUUCCAGUUUGAGCUGCCUCACUCCCUCUCACCCUACGCUGAGGAGAGUAACCGGCUGGAACUCACUGCUGAGGCUAUCAACAACCACGCCAUCCUCAGGAGAACCAAGAGCUUUUACCUCAGAGACAUCAUUCAACCUGAUAGUCCCCAGAUUGUCAAAUGUCAGGAGGUGGGUCAGAACCUGAACGUGACCAUUGAUCCUCCAGCCAACUGGUCCACUCCUCACAGCUUCUUCACUCUGGAGCAUCAGAUUGAAUAUGUGCUGAAAGACGAUGGCAAUACUGGACGUUCUUCAUCCCAGCUGAUACCGAAGAGUAUCAGCAAGCUGAGGGUUCGCUGCAGAGACCCGCUGGUGGUCUCAGCCUGGAGCCAGUGGACUCCCUGGAAAAAUGUAACCUGCUGACAUGAUUUGAAGCCAAUGCUGUCGGCUCUCGCUCUUUCUGUGUUCUAAUACGUCUGCAAUGUCUGCUCACGUCCUCUCAUCUGUUUUUUAUGA